AAUUCAUCCCACCCUCCACACCAUGGCACAUAAUGCAUUCAUUUAUGCUAAUGUCUGCUUUCAGCUCCAUGUGGGGAGGGAAGUUAUCUAUCGACUCUGUCAUAUCGCACUCUGCCAAGUGCUUAGUAGAGUGCCCUCCACACGGUAAGUGCUCAACAAAUAUGAUUGAUUGAAUCAUGGACCAUGAAACCACUCUUCAGACAGAAGAGAUUGUUUGGGCAGUGCUGCCAUUCGGGGCACUGAUUUUACUUUUCCAUCAACAGAUGGUGACUGCCAACUCCCACCAGACUGGCUGUGCAGUGGCUUUCUGCCCAGAUAAUAAAUACCAGUAUCUAUAUGUUUGCCACUUCUACCCCCCAGGAAUGCCCCUUAGCUCUCCAGAUAUGCCCUAUGCCAAAGGAACUCCCUGCGCUGCCUGCCAGGGAACCUGUGACAGAGGCCUAUGCACGGAUCCUUGCAUUUUUGGAGACACAUUCUAUUCCAGCUGCCCCGAUUACGUAAGAAAGCCAGAUGCUUCAUUCUCUACUCUAGUGACAAACAAUAUAACACUACAAAAAGAAAUUGUUGGCAAAUUCAAUGAAAUAAGAAGACAUGUGAAUCCAACCGCUAGCAAUAUGCUGAGAAUGGCUUGGAAUUCAGAAGCUGCAAGCAAUGCGAAAAAGUGGGCAGAGAAAUGCACUAUGACCACCAGCCCUCCUGAAGAACGACGCAUUAAGAAUACCACCUGCAGUGAGAACUACUACAUGUCCAGUUCUCCCAAAUCCUGGUCUGAGACUAUCCAAAAAUGGUAUGGUACUGUGUCUGAGUUCAGCUAUGGCACCAGGACAACCAGAAGAGGUGCACCAGUAAACCUUUAUAGCCAGAUGGUGUCAGCCAACACACACCAGAUCGGUUGUGCAGCAGCUUUCUGCCCUGACAGUGAAUUCCACUAUCUUUAUGUUUGUCAUUACUACCCGCCACGAAAUUCCUUAGACUCACCAGACACACCUUACGCCAAAGGAACCCCCUGUGCAGAGUGCCCUGACUCAUGUGACAACGGAUUGUGCACUGAUCCCUGCAUUUUUGGAGAUACCUUCUAUUCCAGCUGUCCUGAUUAUAAGAGAAAGGUUUGUUAAGGUUUUGUCCCAUGCGUCAAUGAGAUACCUUAAUCCUAUGAUGUCUUCCUGUUGAAAGUACCCUCUUUGGUGAAGCUCCUGACCCCUAAUGAGGCUGACUGAGGGAAAGCAGGUAUUUCUAAGCUCAACAGGCAAUGGCCUCCUUGAUUUUCACAAAAGUGAAAAAUAGCAUUUAGGGACAAAUCAAGGUUCUUGACAUAAGACAAGAACCAGGAGUAAUUCAAGCAGAUAAAUGGGAAGAUAGAGAUAACAAGGAGGAGCUUGAUCU